AUGUCUACUGACGAGGCCCAGCUCCGGGAGCGCCUGGUCGGCGCCAAGCGCCGUAGUGCGAGCGUCGCCGCUGCGCCGCCGGCCCGGCCUCCCGCGGCGGCCGGGCCGCGGGCUGCGUCGCCGCAGUGUCGCAGCCUCUCGGCGCUGGUGGCGUCGCAGGUGGGAGCGAAUGCCGCGGGCUGCUACCACGAGCUGCUGCGCGCUGAGUCGCGGCUGGCCUCGGAGCUCACCGCCAGGGCCGCCGCGUUCGAGCACGAGCUCCGGUUCGCAGGCGGCGCCACUGGGGUGCACUCGCCCACGCCGCGCACGCGUUUGGUCCGUCUCUUUGUCGGCUCGUCGCUCGAGCCGGCGCCGGCGCCGCAGGUCGCCGGCGCGCCCCCGGCGCAGCCCUCCGUCGCCUGGACGGUCAAGGUGUGGGCGAAACGCAUCCAGGACCCGCCCGCGGCCACGCCGCCCACCGAGGCUGCGGUGGCACAGCAGCAGCUGUCGGACAACGGCGGCGGCGAGGGCGAGGGCGGCG